AUGGUGCGUAUCUCGCAUGCCUCCUUAUUGUUAGGCACGUUAGCGCUCCCUUGCUGCUACGUGUCGAGGGACAGUCGCAGGAGCACUUGCAACCCGCUUAGCUCCCUCGAUACGUAUGACUGACCUUUGCGCAUUUGGUCGUCCAUCUGCCACUAUCUUCACCAGGGUUCCUGCCUCUCCUCUCCCUCCAAGAAGGACCUCAAGCGAACCGACACCAAGGGUUCCAAGAGUGGUAACGACCUUCAACGUACCACUUCCUCCUACCACGGAAGCGUCGCCGACGGUAUGCGCUACUCUGACCGCACUUCGGGAGCCGAGAGGGAACGCUUGACCGCUAGUCAACUUCACAAGUCCAAGACUCUCGAGGAACGUCUCAAGCAGGCCGAGAAGGAGAACAGGACUAGACAAGGAUAA